AUGCCGCCGGUGAUCGAUACGACUGCGCCUGGGGCCUGGGCUGCAGGCGAGCUCCUGCACCUGCACGCGUGCGACUGGUUGGGCUUUGACUUGGAUCAUUGCUUGCUGCGGUAUAACGUCCCUGCACUAGCUGAGCUGCUUCACUCGGCCUUUUUGCGCUUUCUUGUGGACAACCGCGGCUACCCGGCGCGGCUUCUUGACAUUCCCAUGAACCCGUCGUUUUUUAUCAAAGGCCUGCUCUUUGACACCGAGCGUGGUGUUUUCCUGCGUCUCCGCAAUGAUGGCACCGUCUUUGCCGCCACCCACGGCACGGCCCCGCUUGCAGCCGCAGCCGCCGAGGCCCUAUACCGGCCUGGCGAAUUGCAGGACGUGGUGCGGCGCGUGCUCACCAACGGCGAACGUGAUCGGCGCUUCACCUGGUUCUCAACCUUUUUUGACAUGCCUGCAGCCUGCGUUGUUGCCGAGCUCAUCACAGCCAUGGAUACAGCACGUGCUAAUAUUGCUAAUAUUGAAUCCCUCACUGCCGCCGCCGCCGCUACCACUGGACCUACUGACCGUGCGCAGCCCGACGCCGAGCUCCGUCUCGCUACCAUCACCUAUACCGAGAUGAUGCAGGACGUCUUUGCGGCGCUCUCGGGUAACUUUGACAUUGAGCAUUUUGCCAACAACUCGGGCUACUUCUUUCCCGCGCUCCGCCAAGACCCUGCUCGCUACUUGCACAAAUUUUCUAGUGACCUGCGACGCUGGCUUUAUGACUUGCGGCACCGCGAUGGAGUCAAGCUAUUUCUUCUCACCAACUCGCACAUCGACUAUGUUCACUUUCUUCUCAGCCAUGCCUAUGGGGCGGCCUGGCCCGAGCUUUUUGACUUGGUGCUGACAAGCGGCAACAAACCUGCCUUUUUUCACCACCAGGAACCGUUUCGUCACGUCUCGAUUGAUGGCAAGGUUGGCGAGCCCGCGGCACUUCGCCUCGGCUCGACCCACUAUUAUGUCGGCGGGAACGCCCGCGAGCUAGAGCAGCUUCUCCAGCGACACCGGCGCGACAUCACCAACCACAGCGCCUUGGAUGUCGUUUAUUUUGGCGACCACAUCACGGGUGAUGUGCUGGCCAGCAGCCACCACAUGUCGUGGCGUUCCGUGGCCGUGGUAGAAGAACUCUUGCUGCACGUCUGGGGCGCUUUGUUCUACGGCACUGCACGGGUAGAGCCCUGCGAUACGUGUUUUAUGCUCUACGAGGAGCUGUUGCGACGCCAUAGCACGCUGGUCGUGCCCCACCUAGAUGCGCUGGCUGAGCAUGAUCGCCAGCACGUAGGUCACCCCGCAGUUGGACCGGGAGGGUUUGAGGAUGGUGGGCUGGUUAUUCCCACCUACGGCGGACGUCUUGAGCCUACCUCGCGACUGCAAUCCCUGAAUGCUUCGGUUGAAUCACGUGCUGACCUAGCACUUGAAGACUAAUGGGGCUGGUAGGGCAACACAAGUG